AAUGUUUUUUUUGUUUAUUUUUUAGAGAUAAUAGUAUAAUAUAUUAAAACAUCGAGAGAAAGAAGUGAGGAUUGAUUUUAAAGUACACAAAGUUUUCUGGAAACCAUAUCAUGACGUCUGAACAAUGUAAACAAAGACUUUUGGAGUUACUAAAGGUUCCAGGAAAUGAGAAAUGUGCAGAUUGCAGUGCAACAGUUCCUCCUCCAGACUUCAUCUCAUUAAAUCUUGGAUUAUUUGUAUGCAUAAAAUGUAGCGGUGUUCAUAGAAGUCUGGGUACGAGAUAUUCAUCCAUUAAAUCAAUACAUUUAGACACGUUUGAUACAGAGAAAUGCAAUGCUAUGGAAAGAAUGGGAAAUGCUUUAGGUGCUAGGAAAUGGGAACACUCUGUACCAGAUUGUUGGCCACCAGUUUCAAAAUCUGAUUACGAAGAUCUAAUAGAACAGUGGAUUAAAGCAAAAUAUGAGAGACAGGAAUUUGUCGACGGUGCAGGCGCGUGUAAACAGUCAUACGCUAAUGGAUCAAAAUAUGGCUGGAUGUUAAAAAAAGAAAAAAAGUCAAAAAAUUGGAAUAAGCGUUUCUUUGUGUUAUCUUCACAGCAAGGUUAUUUAUGCUACUUCAUACGACAAGAGGAAGCUGAACCCAAGCAAAGGAUUCACAUCAGUCAGGUUAACGUGAUGUUGUUAGCCGAUGACAUCACACACAGAAAACACAGCAUGCUCAUCACCUUUCCCAUACAUCGUAAUGGAUACUCUAAACAGCGACAUAUUUACACAUAUACAGAAUCGAGCUUUGAAACGAUAGAUUGGUAUUUAGCUAUAAGAGCCGCUAGAUUAAUUUUUUUGCAACCAUUCUUGUAUGGCGUGGAAAAACCCGUAGUGGAACAUUUAUUAACGAGACGUUACCUUAAAAUGGGAUAUUUACAUAAAACGGGAUCAAAGAGUGGUGAUGGAUGGAAAAAGCGUUUUGUUUGUAUAGACACACAUCGGUUUUGUUACUUCGAAAAAGCUUUGGAUGCUGAGCCACUAGGCGAAGUUGACAUUGAGUCCUACAAUAUGAAUUGUUUUGCCAUGGAAGGUAUUGAAGGGAACCAUCCCAAUGCGCCCUCGAAACAUUGUUUUAUGGUUCAUUCGCAAAUCGUCCAGAAAGGGCGCAACCCUGUUUUCAAUUUCUGUGCAGAAAGUCGAGAAGAAAUGUUGGCUUGGCUUGCAGCUUUUAGGAAAGCAAUGAAGAAACUGGAAUGGCUUGACCCUAUCAGUGAUAAAUCACAAAGGAUUUCAAUACUAUCAAAUUUCUCUUCUCGCUGUUUAUCAGAUGCAUAGACCGGGACCCGAUUUUCCGAAAAUUGUAGACGAAGUAGAUGUAACGGUGUAAGGUGGAGCCGCGUACCUGUUAGGUUACAUGAUGGACUAUCCAGGAAAGAUGGCAACCAUAACUGUCAAGUGAUUGGAGCAGAUACGAAGAGAGUGUGGAAAAAGUCUGCGCCGUUUUUUUUUCUAUAAUAUUUUUAUAUUUAUUUUUAUAUUAACAUAUGGGCUAAAUUUAUUUUUGUAGUUAGCAUUUCUUUGGACUAUCUCGUUGGAUGACUGUCACAUUUAGCCUAUAAUAUACAUACCUUGGAAAAACAAGGUACAUGCACUUCAGUAAUAUAUCCAUAUUUCCAUAAAAAGAGUGUAUUUUUUUAUAUAUAGCAAGGAAGUAAUUUUCUUAUAUAUUUUUGUUGACACCUCCCUGGUUUUUAUUAUCACGAAAUAACAAUAAUUUAUGCCUAUGACAGCAUCCACAAAGUACGUUUGCAUCGAAUACGAGGCUAGUGGUUCUGUCCUAAGCGUACAUACAUGUACGUCUGCAUUUUUGCAAAGGCAUGCCAAUUUCAUUCCUAUCACUUACUGCUUAAAUACGAAUUAACAAUAAAGAAGGUGGCUAUUGAAUAUAUACUUGCUCUUAUAUGCAUGUGUAUGCUUUCAGAACCUAUUUUUACUGUUCCAUUGUCGUCCGCACGCCUUGUCAUAUACUACCAAUCUUUAGAUGUCCCCUAUAUAUGUAUAUAUAUAUUUUUUACGAAGUUGUAAUAUUUUUCUACUAGAGUUGUACGUAAUUGUUUCAAAUAUUAAUUUAGAAUAUUUUUUUAGUUUGGUUUGUUUUUCUUUUUGCUACUUAAUUUUUUGUUAGUUUUUCAGGUCCUUACGACAAGAAAAUUAGUUCGAGAUAAGCAAAGAGAAUUAGAUUAAAAGCACUGCAAAAGGUCCAAGGGGCGUGUUUCGGGGUUUUUCUUUGACACUGUGGCACACUGUUCUCUAUCAUAAAAAAUAUAAUAUAAAGGUAAUAUUAAACAGAUGUUAUCUAAAGUAAAACUUGAUAGUUACUGAUUUCCACCUGCGUUAGGUAAAAUCUUUAAAAUAAUUUAGGACUAGCCAAUACUCUUUACAUCAACAUUUAGCAUUCUUAUUACAUUUAUAGUUUUAUCAAAGACGUAUAGGGUGUUGUCAUCUGCAAAGUUACACGGAAGAGUUGAAGGGUGAGGAACAAUAAAACAUGUGGUUGAUAAAAAUAUUAAACAAAAUAGGAUCUAAGUACGGAACCUGUAGGAACUCCCGAAAGUACCUUAAGUCAAUUGUUAAAAAGAAUUAUUUCCCUUUGCUUUCUAUUUUUUAGAUAAAAAUAGACAGGUCUAACACUAUGGAUGCCUAGACCAUACGCUUCCAG